UUCUUUUCUGUCGGCUUAAAAAAUAUUAUGUACGGAACGAUUAAGGAAAUAAUAAAUCGAUUACUUUGUUUCACAUAAUUAUUGCAAAUCACGUCAAAACGACGAAUAAAUUAUACUUAUUUACAUACGCGUUAAUAAGAAUUAGCAAUUAACUUUUAAUUUCUUUGUGUAUACUUUAUUUAGGUUGGCAGGUUGAGUGGGCGAAAGUAGUAGGCUUAGUGCUAGUAAUAUUUAUAUUUAGGUUAAAUAAAAGAAAUAAAUAGAUUUAUUAUAAAAGUACAGGAAGAUUUGCAAAGAUGGCGGGUGUAAUCGACAGUAUAGUUGGGACAUACGACUACCUUAUGAAUGAUUUAGCAGACAUAAGAACGAAGGAUUUACCGUUGAUGUCGAGUCCAUCUUUAAUCGUACUUAUAGUAGUAGCUUACUUGAAGUUCUGUACAAACUAUGGACCCAGAUUCAUGAAGGACCGGCCAGCUUACACCUUGAAGUAUCCUAUCAUGCUGUACAACAUAUUCCAAGUAGUAUUAAGUAUCGUGUUAGUUAAAGCGGGUAUCCGUUAUUUAUUUUCAAAAGAGUACAAUUUUAUCUGCGAUCCUGUAACUGACUCCAUGGACGAUCGUAUUGUUGCGACUGCAAACCACACUUGGCUAUAUUUCUUCGCGAAGAUCACAGAACUCCUGGAUACCAUAUUCUUCGUGUUUAGAAAGAAGAGCAGACAAAUCUCAACUCUACAUUUAUUCCACCACUCCAUUGUCGUCGCUUUUGGAUGGUUCGUCACUAAGUAUUUCCCAGUUGGUCCAAUUGUCUUGGUCGGGACCUUAAACUCCUUCGUCCACGUGAUCAUGUAUUCGUACUACUUCGUUGCGGGUUUGGGCCCUCAAUACCAGAAGUAUCUCUGGUGGAAGAGGUAUCUGACCCUAAUACAAUUGAUCCAAUUCGUGAUCGUGAUUUUCCACAACGCAAUGGCUUUAUACAAUUCCCACUGCAAUUAUCCUAAAGGGGUUCACUUGUUCAUCAUCGCGAACACCGGAUUAAUUUUCUACAUGUUCAGUCAAUUUUACUACGAGACGUACAUCAAGGCUAAGCCAAAGAAGAAUGAUGAUUUGAAAACGAAAAUUCAAGCCAAUCCACGCCAAGGAAAGCGGUUAAGUGUGGGGCAGUAGAUGGAUGAGAUACAUACCUAGAUUAUAAUAAAACCGUUUUCGGGUAGGACUACGAAUACUCAAGACAUUUUAGAACUAAGUUUAGUCAGUAACCCUUUGACGUUCAGUGAUCUGAUGUACCAGUACGAAUCAUGUUUAUCGAAGAAGACCCUUGUGUGGUAAAGUCACUCAUCAUCUAGUAAUAAUAGCUAGCUAUGAGCUGGCACUAUCGAAAGCUGCCGCCGUUAAAAAUAAAGGAUGAGAGACUCAGCUCAUAGUAAAAAUCAGAAUAUUAAUGUUUCACUCCUGGGCUCAUUCCCAUA